AUGGUAGACAGUCAUUUUGAAUCGCCAACGGAGCGGUCUGGUCUGCUUGCCCAACCAAAUGAGGAACCUGCAUUUGAAGGAUCAUCCAGUAAAACCAAGAAGGCGUUCGGCAUAUGUAUCGGUAGCAGCAUUGUUCUAAUUGUAGUUGCUUCUUUGAUCAUGGUCAUGCAUACGACAGACAUGAAUAAUAACAAGCUACGAAUGGAGUCGUCGCUCUUGGAACAGCAAAACCAGCAUCAUCGGUUUCCCAGUGAUUUUGUGUGGGGUGCCGCCACCUCGGCCUAUCAGAUUGAAGGGGCUGCUUAUGAAGAAGGAAAGGGUAUUUCCAUUUGGGAUACUUUUACCAAAAAGAAUGGAAUCAUCAUGGAUGGGAGCUCGGGAGAUGUCGCAUGUGAUCAUUAUCAUCGCGUCAAGGAGGAUAUUCAGCUGAUGAAAAGUCUCAAUAUCAAAGCCUAUCGAUUUUCCAUCGCCUGGACGAGGAUCUACCCAAAUGGUACUGGCGAAAUCAAUCUACCGGGGGUUGCAUUUUACAACAAACUUAUUGAUACGCUCUUGGAACAUGAUAUUGAGCCAUGGAUUACCUUGUACCAUUGGGAUUUGCCACAAGCUCUGGAAGACAAAUAUGGAGGAUGGUUGAGUCCACAGAUUGUCCAUGAUUUUGGUCUCUACGCCGAGACUUGUUUUGCUCUCUUUGGGGAUCGAGUACAAAAGUGGAUUACCAUAAAUGAAGCUUGGACGGUGGCCGUUCAGGGAUACCAGGACGGCAGUAAGGCGCCAGGAAUCAAUGAAAAUCCAGCCAUUCAAGUCUACCUCUCGGCCCACCACCUCAUCCUGGCGCAUGCACGAGCUGCCAAAAUCUACCACACAAAGUAUGCACAAAGUCAAGAUGGGGUCAUUGGCAUCUCAAAUUGUGGUGACUUUCGGUAUCCCAAGACUCCUUCUGACGCCCAAGCUGCAGAGCGAGCCAUGGUCUUUCAGUAUGCCUGGAUGACGGAUCCCUUCUUUUUUGGAGACUAUCCAGCAGAAAUGAAAGAGAUUCUCCAAGACCGUCUUCCCCAAUUUACUCCAGAGCAACGCAAAGAACUUGUCGGAUCCGCCGACUUUAUGGGUCUGAAUCAUUAUUCUAGCCUGUAUGCACAGGAACCGGAAGAACCACGGACACCCGAAUCAGAAUUCGAUGGAUACUGGGCGGACAUGCAUGUUACAUUCUCAUCUGACCCUCAUUGGCAUAAGAACUACAUGGGCUGGAGUACCAAUCCAGAUGGAUGCCGAGAGCUGCUGCUGUGGAUAACAAAUCGAUACAACAACAAGAAUGCUGACAAUAAAAUUACACCGAUUUAUAUCACCGAGAAUGGAACAGCGGAGAAGGAGCCAGAUCUAGCGACUGCUCUGCGGGACGAAUGGCGCCGCCGAUUCUUUGAGGGCACCCUUCGAGCUUGUGCAGAGGCCAUUGAAAUGGGUAUUCCAUUGGAAGGAUACUUUGCUUGGAGUCUAAUGGACAACUUCGAAUGGUCAUUCGGCUACACUAAGCGAUUUGGAUUGUGCUAUGUUGAUUUUGAGACUUUAGAGCGGACUCCAAAAUCUUCUGCAAUAUGGUAUGGCCAGACCAUUGAAGCUAGUGGGACGAACAUUAUUCGAAGACGACUCGACCAUUAG